CCCGGUCGCGCCAUCCAGCGUCCCGGGCCAUCGUGGCGUCUCGUCGCCGGCGUCGGAGUCCCCGCUGAAGUCUAGGCAUCCCCGAGAGCCCGCCCUGAAGACCCGAGGACUCUAGGCGCCGAGGAGAACCUCAGCGCGCCACGUCGGCCUGGCCUCGGUUUUCCGUACAGCAACAUGGCGGCGCCCUGUUGACUCAGCUGGGUUGUCUGUUUUCACGACGAGAGUCCGGGAAAGCCGCGUGCACUUUUAUGACAAGCGGAGCGCCCAGGUAGGAGGAAGUGGAUGUUGAGUGUGCCGGUCGUCCUACGACUGCAUUUGCGGAGGAGAGACUGAGCGCGCCUAGUCGGGUCGCCAAUCAUUUUCCGUACAGCAACAUGGCGGCGCCCUGUGACUCAGCUGGGUUGUCUCAAGACUCCGAUUAGAUGGGUGAUUUUUCAUGACAAGAGUCCGAGAGAGCGAGUGUCGAGGUCGGAGGAAGGGGCUGUUGAGUGUGCCCUUUGUUCUAGGGCUGUACGUGCCGAUGAGAACCCGAGCGCGCCUACUCGGUGCGGAAUCGUUUUCCGUACAGCAGCAUGGCGGCGCCCACUGAAUUGUAGAAAAAGAAACCAGGUUUGUCUGUCUUGACCAUGUCUUCCACCUGGGUGCUGUUCUCAAGAUGAGUGUCCUGGAAGGCGGCCUGCACUUUUCUGACAGGCAAAGCGGCUAGGAGGAAAAUGUCUGUCGUACACCGGUUGUCCCCUGGGUGGUUACUGGAUCAUCUUUCUUUUAUUAACAAGAUAAACUAUCAAGUUCACCAGCAUCAUGAGCCUUCUUGCAGUAAAAACAAGCCCAUGUUGGACCACUCUGACUCUCCUCACAUGCAUUCUAUGUUUCCUGAAACCUCUGCUAAACUUGCUUGUGACUCCAUCAUGAAGGCAGAGAAUGAAGACAGAGGGCAUUGUGAGAAGACCAUACAAAACUAUGUUUUCCGAUCAGAAUUAUUUAAUGUCACCAAACCUUAUAUAACUGCAGCUGUUCCCAAAGAAUGCCAACUAAGUGAUGAGAAAGAAGAUCUAAUCAGUGAUGUUAAGAGAGAAAUCUCUGCUUCUAUUAUUGGGAAGAAGCAUAAAAGAUGUACUGCCUUCAAUCAAGGUGAGUUGGAUGCCAUGGAAUACCAUGCAGAGAUCAGGGAGCUGAUUUUGGAUGGCUCUUUACAGUUAAUCCAAGAAGGUCUCAAAAGCGGCUUCCUUUUCCCCCGUGCGGAAAGCGAGCACACGCGUCCUGAAGCUGGCCCUGGGCCCCGGGAAGCCUGCAGCUUGUCCGGCUUGUGUGAACUGGCCAAGCAUCUGCCUUCCCUGAAGGAGUCGGGCCUUCAGUCUUUGCGGCUGACGGAGGAGGAUGUGUCUGCGAGAGACCAGGAUUUGUUUUUGCGGGUUGUUGAAAACAACUCAAGCACUUCAAAAAUGAUUACCCUAAUGGGACAGAAAUACCUGCUGCCUCCCAAAAGCCGUUUUCUUCUGUCAGACAUUUCCUGUAUGCAACCACUUCUGGACUGUUGUAAGACGUUUGACGUCAUUGUGAUAGACCCACCGUGGCAAAACAAAUCAGUUAAAAGAAGUAACAGGUACAGUUCCUUAUCUCCACUGCAGAUCAAGCAGAUACCUGUCCCUAAACUGGCCGCUCCAGACUGCCUUGUGGUGACGUGGGUGACGAACAGGGCGAAGCACGUGCGCUUCGCUAAGGAGGAGCUGUACCCGUCCUGGUCCGUGGAGCUUCUCGCCCAAUGGCACUGGGUGAAAAUCACCAACUCAGGAGAAUUUGUGUUCCCAUUGGAUUCUCCACACAAGAAGCCUUAUGAAGGUCUUAUACUGGGGAGAGUUAGAGGAAAAAAUGCUUCACCAUUAAGGGGUUCAGAGGUGAAACUGCUCCCCAUUCCAGAUCGCCAGUUGCUUGUCAGCGUACCCUGUGUUCUUCAUUCACACAAGCCACCUCUUGCUGAGGUUCUUAAAGACUACAUCAGACCAGGUGGAGAAUGUUUGGAAUUGUUUGCUCGAAAUUUACAGCCUGGUUGGACCAGCUGGGGCAAUGAAGUACUCAAGUUUCAGCACGUGGAUUAUUUUGUGGCUGAGCAGCCGGGACACUGACUGUAAUCUUGAUGGAAACUGCCUUCCUCAGCCCUUCUCCCUUCAUUCUAACUCACUUUCCUUUUCACACCAGUGGGUGUGCUUAAGGACGUAGGUAGGAUUUGACCUGUCAGUGUAUGACUGUCCUUCAUGUGGUCUUGAAGUGGGUUUUACUUGAGUUGGUUUGAUGGUCCGCAUUACCCUAGGCUCUUUAGGGGUGAGCAGUUAGUUCAGACGUGAUCCAGCCCGAGGAUGGGUGUGCUUGGAGAGUAUGGUGUAGAACACACUGGGACUUCAUCCCCGAAGCAUCAAGAGCGAGAGUCUAACUUCCGCCUUUCCCUGAGCAUCGGAAGUUGAGGCUGCACCGGAGCUGGGCUCAUUGUGGUGUCCACUUGCAGCCUGGCAUGCACAUCUGGUUUACCACGGCCCAGAUCUCUCUCCCUGCUGCUCACUGGUGCGGUUUACUUGGUCCCUGUAUGUCUUGAAUUUGUGACCUCUGGUAUAACGUCGCCUUCUGGGGAAAAGUAUCCUUGGAUUUCUGGAUACCACCACAGUGGACUGAGCCCUUGCAACAGUUCUGAAGCAUUUUCAAUGUAUUAAAGGUCGCUUUUCAAGUACUUCUUUGUUGUUUUUCUGGAUGAUAAUUCAAAGAUACUUCUUGUAAAAUGUCAAAGAGUAAAUACCAUAGCCAUGUGUGGUACCUCAUACUCAUGAUUCCAACACUUCAGAGGUGGACUUUGGAGGAUGUCUGAGACUUUGAGGUAAUCCUGGGCUACAGAAUGAGUUCCAGGACGGCCUGAGCUAGCAUGAAGACCUGCCUAAAAAAAUAAUAACCAUAAACACUUUUAUAGUUGUGUAAAAGUAUUUGUGUUACAGGUUUUCUACAAAUAAAUCUUUUCCAACCAAGUAA